AUUUUUGACUGCGACUUCCCGGCAAAGACGGUUCAGUACAUCCACAACGGGUCUCCGCUUCUCCACCAGGACGUUGUCCGACUGUGGAUUCACAAGUUCACAGACACAGCAACUCUGACUGAGUCUGUCCUCUUGACAAUCUUCAUAAGAAACACUUCUCACGAGGUGAUAUUAACUCAGGGACUUCGCCCGCUUGUAGUUCCAGAAUACAAGGGGCUUUCCAAUGCUAUAGACUCAUCGGCUUUAAGAUUUCGGCACAGCUCUAACCAAAAUGUGUCCUGUGUGGUUGGCUUUUCAAAUUUCUUUUCUUCCUGGCCGCUGGCAGGUCAGAUAGUGAUGGGGGAAAGGAAACAGGUCGUUGACUCCGUAAAGAAGGAAUGUCGGGAGUUUUUGUUUAUGAAUCUACAUUACGAGCACCUGCGGUCUCCGACGCCAGACGUUGACUACUUACCACUCACUGUAGAACUCUAUGAUCCCGUUGUCAAGGAUGAGGUUGUAUCAGAGAGAUUUUACCUACCCAUCCAUAUCAAAGGUGCUUUCCAGAACUCUCCGCCUCACGCGUCGUACAUUAACCUGUACAUGAUGGAUGUUGACCAGUUCGUACUGUCAACAAUUAUCCCCGGUGUGAUUUCUGCUGAGGAUUACGAGACUCCGAAACGGCAGUUGGUUUAUAAUAUUUCUAAACCUUUUGGAGAAGGUAAAGGAUAUUUGGCCCAUUUAGACAAUCAUGCCAAACCUAUUUACUCAUUCCUUCAAGAUGAUUUGGACAAUCACAGGAUUGCAUAUCGACCUCCAAGUGUCAGUUAUCCGGAUCAGAGAGUCUACGAGGCAGAGUUUAUGGUCUUCGAUAGUCACUUCGUACAGAGUCUGCCAAUAACUCUACAUGUUGCGGUGAGGCCAUCUGACACCACAGCGCCCCGGAUUUCCAUCAAUACUGGCCUGACAUUGCUUGAAGGACAGAGCAGGGAGAUCAGAGCGGAGCAUUUCCAGGUGGUUGACAAAGAUAACCUCAGCAGGGUCAGAAUGUACGUCAAAGGAGGGCUGCAGCACGGAACUCUGACCGUCAGAGGCUCACACUCAGUUAUCUUCUCCAUGAAGGAUGUGGAGGCUGGUCACGUAGUCUAUAAGCACGACGACAGUGACUCUGUGAGAGAUUGGAUUGAACUGAGGAUCAGUGAUGGCAGCAACACUGUGCUCUCCUCAUUUCCUAUCAACAUUAUUCCACGUGAUGACACUCCUCCAUACCUAGUGAAUAACCUGGGUCUUCAAGUCAACGAAGGUGGGAUGAGGAAGAUCAGUGAAGAUAUGUUGUUAGCCCAUGACACGGAUUCUCUAGACAACAACAUCAUCUACACUAUAGUUGCUUCUCCUAGUGCAGGAGACAUAAUUCGAAAGAUACGCCCAUCUGAUACUGGCACCAAGGUGUUUGGAUUCCGCCAGCGUGAGGUCAUCAAAGGUCAGAUUUAUUACCGCCACCAUGGUGAUGAAGUGUUCAAAGACUCACUGACCUUCACCCUUCAAGACCUGCAGGACCCGCCCAAUGAGUCCGAGACGAUGGAAUUUGAAAUUAUCAUCAGCCCGAUGAAUGAGAACCCACCCCAAAUGGACCCCAGUGCCAAACGAAUCAUGCAUGUCGAUGAGACGAACAUUGGAUACAUCAAAGCUGCUGAACUCAGAUACACAGACGUGGAAUCUACAAACAAAGACCUUAUCUAUACCAUCACAACACCACCAUAUUUUGUGUACAACCGUGGGGAGCGUGAUGCAGGGAAACUGGUGUCCACACAUAACCUGACCACUGUGACUAAGCACACAGAUACACCAGCAGGUAGGCACAUUAUUGCCUACAUCCCACCAUUGUCCGACAUUGGUCCUGAGUCAAGACUGGUCAGAAUGGCAUACACAGUGGAGGAUGGCAGUGGAAAUAAACUCUACGGGCAGACGUUUGACAUAGAGGUGAACAUUUCAUUAAAUGACCACGUACCUGAGUUUGUCACCAAUAAGCUGCUUUUAUCAGCAACAGACAUAGACACACCUGUCAAUCAGCUGAAGUUUAUCCUGGAUGCUGUACCCAUGUACGGGACAUUGCAGAAUGAUGGACAUACGUUGAAGAAAAGCUCAUCAUUCACUAUAGAAGAUUUGCAGAAGAAAAAUAUCAGGUACCUCAGUGAUGGGUCUGAUGUAACCCUGGACACGUUCACACUAGCAGUCACCGAUGGCAUGAACCAAGCUACAAAAGUUAUCUCCAUUCAGAUUGUGCCAGUGGAUGAUCACACACCCACACUAUCUAAAAACAUAAACCCACAGCUGAUUGUGUCUGAAGGUGAAGAGGCAGCUAUCACCACCAGGACUGUAGCAGCAGCAGAUGAUGUCAAGGAUGAUGAGAAAGUAGUCUUUCUCAUAGUCAGACAACCAAGAUAUGGUGUUCUUCAACUGAAAGGCCAACCAUCAACAAAAUUCACUCAAAAAGACAUCAAAGAUGGUCAUGUCAGCUUUCUUCACACCAGUGGAGAAAUAGGCAUGUCUACCUUGAAGGACUUUGCUACCUUCAUCAUCUCCGACCAACAGUAUCUGGCAUCUGCUGACCUGCCGGCCUAUGACCUCAACAUCACUAUCACCCCGGUCAACAACCAGAAGCCAGUUAUUAUUUUGGGAAAUCCAGUUUUUGUGGCUGAAGGAGAGUCAUUCAGAUUUACAGAGAAUGUUCUGAAGGUCACAGACGCAGAUUCUAAAACAAAAGAAGUCCAGUUUAUGAUCACUAAACAGCCUCAGUGGGGGUACAUUGAGAACACCAAGCCUAGUCCAGGGUCAGAGAAACAAAACGCUGGUAUUCGAAUUAACUCAUUCAGCUUUGGGGAUAUCCUGGAUGGGUCUAUAAAUUACGUCCAGGCAAAUCACAAAGGUGUGGAACCGGUUAAAGAUGAGUUUGAGCUGCUGGCUACUGAUGGGAAACUUAAUUCAGAUGUCAGAGCCAUCAAAAUUACAAUUGUCCCCGCAAAUGACGAAGCUCCAGAUCUGAUGUUAAAUGAUUUCAUUGUAACUGAAGGAGGAAGCAUGGUGGUUGGGUCAUCAUUAUUAGAUGCUAUUGAUAUGGAUGUGCCGAAGGAUCAGUUGAAAAUUGUGGUUUCUCAGCCUCCAGUGCAUGGGAAGAUCAUCAUGCUGAUCAACACACGCCGUGGUCAUGUAGAGUCUGACUUUGAAGCCAUUACUGUGGAUGAGAUUCAUGGUGGAGCUCAGCUUGUGUACAAACAUGAUGGCUCGGAGGUCUUCAAUGAUAAGUUUGCGGUGACUGUGUCGGACGGCAAGCAUGAGAUAAAGAAGGUCUGUAACAUCUCAAUAAAUCUUCACAAUGACGAACGGCCAGAAGUGUUGAAGAAUACUGGGUUAGAGUUGGAUUAUGGGGAUUCUGCUUUGAUUUCAAGUGUUGCCCUCCAGGCUCAGGAUAAGGACAAUGAGGAUCAUGAAAUUGUCUAUAUUGUAGUGGAAGUGCCAGAGAAGGGAUAUCUCCAGUACUGUCCUGAUCCCCUGGCUGCUGCCGUGGACAAUGAAUGCCAGGAUUUUGAGCUGGGAAUGAACUUUACACAGGGGGAUAUUGACACAAACAAAAUUCGGUAUAUUCACACUUCAAGCAUGGGAGACACAGAAACGGACAGAUUUGUCUUUGUGCUCACCGAUGGAACUCACAAACGUCACGAGGAGACUUUUGAUAUUAAGAUUCGGAACUCUAAAAAAGUCAAUGUUGCUGUAUUGAAUAAGGGAAUGGUCGUUAGAGAAGGGGAAAGAGUUGCCAUCAGCACUUCAAACCUGAGUGCUUCUGAUGAGAGCACUAGAGCAGAAGAGAUCGUCUUUGCAGUUAUUCGUCCACCAACUCUGGGUCAGAUAGAAAACAUAAAGAGGAGGUUCACGCCCAUCAGCAGCUUCACACAGAUGGACAUCGCCUCCCAGAGAGUUGUCUACCACCACCUGGCCAAGAACGAUAUUACAGAGGAUUCAUUCACCUUCACGGUCACGAAUGGCUUGAGCCAGGCCAAGAAUGGGGAGUUUCAGAUCACUAUCCAACCUAUGGACAAAGUCCUGCCAACUCUCGUCUCUAAUACCCUGCUGGAAGUCUUGCAGGGCAGUGAGGAGUCGUUAACUCCAGUUCAUCUGAAAGCAACGGACCCCGACACUGCGGCCCAGAACAUCACCUUCAACAUCGCCAAACCUCCCACGUAUGGACGACUCUACAACAGAGGUGUACAGAUAGGCACAUCAUUUACCCAGAAUGAUAUCGAUGUUGGCUAUAUUUCAUAUGAGAGUGAUGGUACCAGGGCAGGCCUUGACAACUUGCUGUUCACAAUAUCAGAUGGCCGUCAUGAGGGUUUUCUCAUCAACGGCAGUCUGCAGACUCAACCAACAAUGAUGAGCAUAUUUGUCCAGCCUCUGAUUGAAGAUGCCCCAAGGUUGGUGAUCAACAAGAGCCCUGAUUCCUUGCAGCACCUGGGCAGGAACAGAUACGGCUACAAGUUGUCCAACAAGAUGCUCAGAGCUGUUGAUUCUGAUUCAGACAGGCAAGUCAUCAUGGAUGUCAUCUGUUAUGAGCCUAGAUUCAUAUUUCUCAUAUAUCAGCACGGCCACCUGGAGAACACACAAGCCAAACGUUACAUCACCAGGAGGUUCUCCCAGAAAGAUAUUGAUGAGGGAAGCAUGUUGUAUGUGGUAGACAGCCGGGCUGCUCAUUUCUCUGACUCCUUUAGUUUCAAAAUAGAAGACACCAGAGGCAAUGCACUCAAUGACCAGAAUUUCCAAGUGAGUUGGUCGCGGGUGCAGUUUGACAGGGAAGAAACGGUGGCUUGUGAAAACAUUGGAACUUUAGCAGUGACAGUGUCCAGAUCAGGGAACCUGGACCACUCCAGCUUUGCCAAAGUCCAUGUGAAAGAAAUGUCAGCCAAGAAAGGAGUGGACUUUAUGCCAAGUACAUCUAAACAGGUUCAGUUUGACCCAGGACAGUCCCGGGCCACUUGGGAACUGUCUAUACUUGAUGAUGGUCUUCUGGAGCCAAACAAGAAGCUGAGGCUAACGCUUACGGAUCCGGUGAACACCAUCCUUGGAGAGAACAAGAAACUUAGAGUUGUUGUUGUCAAUGCAGAAAAUGGAGAGUGUCCACAGUACAUCGGUAUGGUCAGCAAGCAGAUGUCCCUGGAGGACACAGCCCAUGGGGCUUCCUUGACCAGCCAGGACCAAUUAGUGCAACAGCACAAGUUGAGCAGCAUACCCUUAUCUCCGAGAUUCGACAACAAUUUCCUGAACACGGAAGCUGAGAAGAAAACUGCCAGAGAAUCCUCUUCCCCUGUCCUCGACAAAACAUCAGUGACUCCCUUUGGGACUAAAAAAAACAGAUCUAAAAAUAAAAAGGGGAAAAAGAAGAAAAAGGGAAAGAAAAGGGGUGGGAAAAAUGGCCGGAAGAAUGAAAUCCCUAGGGCAGAUUUUGCGUCCAACUUGCCAGCGACAUCACCAAGUUAUGCAGACGUAGGACGACCUCAAACACCAGUCACUUAUCAGGUCCCCAAAAAGUGCACCUCGGUGACCAAAGGUUUGUUACAUUUUGAUGACUUCAACUACCAGCUGGUCAAAUGUGAUGGCAAGAAAUGGCAAGCCUGGAGUCCCAGUUCUGGCAAUGAUGCUACUAGUUCAACUACCUGCGAGCAAGGCUUCUAUGAGUAUGAAAAACGCUGCUACAAGCCCAUGAAUGAGCGUUUGAACUGGGAUGAGGCUGAGGAUAAGUGUGUCAAGAUGUUUCAUGGACACCUGACCUCUGUGAGGUCUCAGAGACAUUUAAGGUGGCUCGCUGAAAAGGUGUUCAACAAAGCAUUCUGGAUAGGUCUCAGCGACAAUGGUGACAGUGGUCAGUGGCAGUACACAAAUGGAGAUUCAAUGACUUAUGUCAACUGGAAAAAUGGAAGACCCCACCAUCAGGGCAGAUCUCAGAAGAAGAAGUGUGUGGUGGUGAAGAAAGAGUCCCAGUGGCGAGACAAACUUUGCAAUAAAUUUCUGGCUCGUUAUGUCUGUGAGGCACAGCCAAGUGACGAAGCUGCCAGCAGAACAGCAUCAAGACAGCAUGACUUGUUACGAAGACAUGCUCGCCAGCCAAGCAGUCGUCAGCAGUCACAGUUAGAUGAAGACAGAUUACCAUAUUUUCAGAAAUCUUCGUAA